UUUUCUGUGGCAAAAAUGUUGUACUUGCAAGUGGUUACGGUAACUGGCAUUCUUUUUGUCGUAGGAUUAGGGUCUAUCCAGUCUUUAACAAAACUUCCGAACAUACAAAAUAUUCCAGUCAAAGUCGAGGAAUCCAACUAUCGAUUACCAAAUAAUACAGUUCCUUCGCACUAUAGCGUAACCCUUACAACAAAUGUACAUUCUGGAGAUUUAAACUUUGAAGGCGAAGUCGUUAUUACUAUAGAAGUUGUAGAGCGUAAUACCAAGAAUGUUGUGGUCCAUGCACGGCAGUUGCAUGGCUUUGAAGCUUCUCUUCUCAAUUCAGCCGAUAAAACUGUGUCUAAAUUAUACACUUCUUACGCGUUAGACACUGAAUUUUUGACGCUAACACCGGAUGAUCAGACGGAACUUGUCCAGGGAAACUUCUAUGAAGUAUCAAUCAAAUACAAAGGGAAGUUACGGGAAGAUAAUGGUGGUUUUUACGUAUCAACUUAUACGAAUUCAGCUGGAAAGACGGUAAACAUGGCAACGACACAAUUUGCUCCAACUGAUGCUCGCCAUGCGUUUCCUUGCUACGAUGAACCUGCAAAACGAGCAAACUUCACUAUCACAAUCAAUCACGACCCCUCUCUAAAAGCCAUCUCCAAUAUGCCUGUGGACAGUGAUAAGUCAAGACCCGGCAAGACGGUAUUCCAACAAACGCCCAAUAUGCCAACCUAUCUUGUUGCAUUUAUCGUCUCAGACUUUGAGUCAACAUCUGGUAGUUUAAGUGAACUGACCCAACGAGUAUUUUCUCGCAAUGGAACUCAGGCAGAUCAGGAAUUUGCUCUUCUCACUGGAUUACAGAUGAUUUCACAGCUGACUAAAUACUUCGGUAUACCAUUUGUUCUGCCAAAAUUGGAUCAAGUUGCUAUUCCAGACUUUGCUGCUGGUGCGAUGGAAAAUUGGGGUCUUGUCACUUAUAGGGAGGAAAAUUUGCUAUAUGAUCCUAAAAAGUCGACUUUGAGCACUCAAACAAAGGCCGCUAAUAUAAUCGCCCAUGAGUACACCCAUUUGUGGUUUGGAAAUUUGGUGACAAUUAAAUGGUGGACAUGGUUAUGGUUGAAAGAAGGCUUUGCUAACUUCUUUUCAUACAAAGCUGCAAAUGAGGUCUAUCCGGAAUGGGAUAUCAUGCAAAUGUUCAUCAUAAGUGAGUACCAAAAAGCCUUAACCCUAGAUGGUGAAAACAAAACCCGCCCAAUGACGCACUAUGUUUACAAGCAAAAAGACAUUCGAUCACUUUAUGAUACCAUCGCGUACUCCAAAUCUGGCGCAGUUCUACGUAUGUGGCAACAUGCUUUAACCGAUGAAGUUUUUCGCGCUGGUCUCAAUAAAUAUCUAAUUCAAAAUAAAUUCACUGGAGCCGAAGAAGAUGAUCUGUUCGAUGCACUCUCUGAGGCCGCUGCAGAUGUCAAACAUCAAUUGCCAGACUCUAUUCAUACCAUGAUGAAAACGUGGACCAAUCAGGGUGGCGUUCCACUUUUGCACGUGAAACGCAACUACGACGAUGGAACCUUCAACAUUACACAGUCUUCCUUCUACAACAAUCCUUCGUUCGUUGAUACUAAAUUAUGGUACAUUCCAGUCAACUAUGCCACAGCUAAUAAUUCAGACUUCAGCAAUACUACCGCCCAGUUCUACUUUAAAAAUAGUUCUAUUGUGAUUGAAGACAAGACACUUUCCACCAACGAAUGGUUGAUUUUGAACAAGCAGUCAACUGGUUACUAUCGCGUUUGCUAUGACGAAAGGAACUGGGAUCUCAUCACAGAUAGCUUGGUUGCGAAUCCUAGUAAAAUUCAUGCUCUCAACAAGGCUUCAUUACUGUUCGAUGCAUACGCACUCUGCACAACAUUUAAACUUGAGCAUAAGUUCAUGCUUCGCUUGAUGACUUUUUUACGAAACGAGGACCAAUAUGCGCCCUGGGCAACGGCCAAUACAAUCCUAACCACUUUCGAUAUGUUUUUCGCCACAAAAGCACAAUACUCUUCUUUCAAGGCUUUUGUUUUCGAUCUUGUAGGAAACACUUACAACCGACUUGGCAUCCAAUAUUCGACGGGAGAACAACACUUUACAAAUGAAGUUCGAACAAUCGCUAUCAAUUUGGCUUGUAUGGCUGGAGUUCAAAGCUGCUUGGAUGGAACUUCAAAAAGAUUGAAGGACCUCGUAGAUAAGGGUGUCGAAAUUGAGCCAAAUCUACAAUCCGUGAUGUAUUGCAAUAGUCUCAGAAAUGCCAACGACGCUGAGUUCGAAUAUGUCUACAAUCGUCUUAUGAAGUCUCAAGACCAAUCUGAAAGGAAAAUUCUUAUUUCGGCAUUGGGCUGUGCUCGGAACUCAACACAGUUGUUCAAAUUUGUGAGAAGCUCGGUCACAACUUCGGAUGAGAAUACUCUCCGGUCUCAAGAGAGAAUAACACUUCUGAGUUCGGCGUAUUCUAAAAGUCAAGUUGGACUAUCGGUUUGUAUUGCAUUUCUUUAUGACAACUACAUUGCAUAUGCCGCUCUUACAACUGGUUUUGUUGGCUCCAAUCCUCUUGAAGCAGACAUCAAGGGAAUGUCUAAAUACGUCAUUGAUUCUAAUUUGGCUUCAAAUUUGUUACAUCUAGCUCAUUUAGUGGGAAGUUUUCCAGGAAUUUCUGCUGAUUUAGAAAGCACGGUUAAUAAAAACAAGAAUCCAACUUUGAAUGGAUCGAUUCGCACCAAGAUCCUAUUUUGAAUUGGAUAACUGACAACUACAAAAUCUCAGGAGCUAGCAAAAACGUAUCAGGAUUGAUUCCAUCAGCUUUGCUUGCAAUUUAUUACUUAAUAGUUCGAAUUAUUUAAAAUAUUCUCUUGUGUAUGAUUUAUUUUCAAAAUUUAAAGAUCUUUUAAAUAAAUCAAAAGU